GGAGAACUACCUGGUGACUGAGGCAGAACUGUGGUAUUCAGAUUACCGUACGGAUGGGCGUAAUGUUACCGUCACAUCGACAGGCCCGUGAUUUCCCCGAUGCGGCGAAUGGCGUCACUCCCACGCUUCUCUCGCUUCAGUUCUACAUUCCAUUUCUUUCUUCCCCAGACCGCGACUGCAGUUGAUGUCUGUUGAUGCCUGAAGACAGACUCCCCGGUCCCCCCAGCUAAUAGUCAUGGAUGCCGCUCCCCUUACCUUGGCUCAUACCCAUGCCCGGAAUGCAGUGCUGGAGACUCGCAAGUCGAAUCCCGUGGCUGCCAGCGAGGAGCAUGACCUGGCUGCCGGGGAGUUUGCGACGGCCGCUCAGAAUAGUUCCGACCCUCAGGCAUUGCGAACGCUACAUUUGCUUGAGCAGCACCACAAGAGACUCGCUCAGAUCCUUCGUUUUCAACAUGAAAAUCCCCCUUCCGCUGGUGUGAAUACCCCUCUCUCGCCGACGGAAUCGGGCACGCCAAAGGCCUCACCGUCUAUUCAAGAUGCUCAGCAGCAGCCACCAAAGCUGUCGGGGAACACUCGAUUACCGAAAAGAGAAACCUCUUCGAUCGCCAGUAACCUGGCCUCCGCACGGGGGAUCCCUUCGCAGCCACGCCGCGCGACCCCCGCGUCACCGACACUUUCGUCCCAGCAGGCAGGCGCUCGGAUGACCGAGGGACCGGCCAAAAUCAGAACGAGUGAAUCCCGCUUGCGUGGAACGCAACUCCAUUCCCCCAGGGAUCGCAUGUACCGGACUUCAUCUACGUCCAAACAGCCAUGGUCUCCCCCGGCGGCCAGCCCUACCGAUGUCACGUCACAGCAAUAUGUUCCUAGCGAUGCCGUCGAACCCCGCCGUAGGAGUAGACAGCCGGACACGGAGGAGCCUUUCCAGCGGUUCUACUCGACAUUCGAGGGGCUGAUUUCAAAACUGUCGGCUCCAUUGGCCUUUGCUGGCCUCCCGUUGGGAUCAGAUGCCUCCCCUCAGGCAGAGUCCAGCCGCAAAUCUGCGGCGGAGACAAAGCUGGACCGUCACCAGGCCACCUCCGGUCGCUCGAGCCAAUCCGCCGAACCAGACAUCAGCCGGAUCUUCUCGCGGGCAGCACUCCAGGCUAUACGAGACACCCCCGGUGGGGGAAGCGGGGCCGGCGGCCCAACCGGCGGUCCGGCCGAAUCGUUCUACGUUGUGCCCACGACGGGCGGCACCGUCUCCUACGCCGGUAUUCUCAGCAGAGCCGAGAAGGAAGCCCGGAGAAAUAGCCUUGAAGAAGGCGACGAGGACUUUGUAGAUGCUCGCGAGACCCCGGGAUCUCCUGAACUACGCCACAGCUUUACAGGCGGCAGCAAGAGCAAGAGCAGCAGAGCCAAUGACAAGCUCACCACUAACCUGCAGAACCCCAAGACCAUGGAGGAGCUGCAGAUGGAAAACCAGGCUCUGCGCCAUCUCUCCGACACCUUGUCCAAGCGGCUGCAUAUGUGGGAAGUCAACGCGCAGUCUUCCUCCAUCGCCUUGCAGCAGUCCCUGAAAGCUAUGCACCAUCAGAACAUCCCGUCCCCUGAACACCACCCCCAGGCUUCUUCCGCAAUCGCAUCCCCGACUGCGCCCCUCUCGACCCAACCGUCCAUGAUCGAGCACGACCAGCGUGUCAAAGAGCUCGAGGACAUGAUCCGUCGCGGCGAGAAGGAUCUAGCAAAGGCCAGUCGCGAGAACGAGAAACUGCGUAAUGUGCUGGACCGGUACCGAGACCGCUGGGAGAAACUGAAAGAAACGGCGAAGACCAGACGAGCGGAGGGUCGGUCUAGCACGGACACUACGGCUACGGCUAUGGCGGGCCCUUCAGCGAAGCCACUCGACUCGCCUAUUCCAUCCGGGGACGGAUCCAGACCGGAGAGUGAGAAUGAGAAUGGGAACGUGAAUAAGGACUCGGAUAGUAAAGCGGACACGUCUGACACAUAGCUGCAAUCGGUGGUAGGGGUUGGUUAUUCUUAGCGUCUUUCGUUUGGAGUCAGGAUUUGAAAAACUUCGGGUUUCCUUUUGCUUCUGUCUUGCCUCAAAUCAAUGUCGUUCUCUGGAAUACGACGGGAGAACAUGAAUAUACUCAUUGCAGUAUAAAUCAACACAUUCAAUACUUCCAACCUGG